CACAAAGGCUGAAAAGAGAAGAAAGGCGCGAUGAGCAGUCAAGGUGUGUGGGAGCAUUUGCCUCUUUUGUUGAGAGCCAACUCCAAAGAAUCGGUGGAAUACAUACUUCAAGCCCUGUGGAGGACUCGCAAGACAGGUCUCGACGCCGCAGACCGCCAAAUUAUCCGGGAAAUGCUCGACCUCCCCACUGAUUCCGACCUUGACCCUCUUUUGGUGUGCCUGCGCAUUUUGAUGCGUAGAUGUGUGUUUGCGGAGGUAGGGAAGGAUGAAAUUCAGAAGCUGUUUCCAGAUGGGGUCCUGCCUGAGUUGCAGAGAUUGCUUACACUUCUGUUCCAAAAAUUUCAAAAGGAGUGGCGAGAAGAUGCCGUAAAUGAUCGGCGGCAAGCUUGCCCCAUUUAGAGAUGAUUACUUGGAGGAGGGGGGUGGGGGGCUGAAACUCAAGACCCUGUCGGUGUACUCCUCGCGGUCUAACUUUAAUGAAACCUUGAGAUGAUGAGGAAUAGAUUGAAGACUGAUAAU